AUGCCAACCUUACUGUUACCAAUUAGAGAUUUAUUCCUUGGAUCUGAUAAUUUACAAUUUGAAACCAAGUUUUAUGAGGAUUUUGAUCCAUCUUUGGAGGAUAUUUGUUUGGAUUUUUAUAAACCUAAAAAGGAAUCAAAUGAAAAGAAACCAACACUACUUGUAUUUCCAGGGAUUACAGGAUCUUCAGAAUCGUACUAUAUUCACAGCUUAAUUAGAAGUGUUGAGGAUGAAUACAAUAUUGUAGUUUUUAAUAGACCUGGAUGUCAUUCACAGAGAAAUAUUAAAUUGAAGAAGGCAAAAUUCUUCCUCAAUUCACAUAAGAGAACUGUUGAAAGAGUUAUUGAUAUAGUAUCAAAGUCCUAUGAAGGAGCUGAGAUUUUACUUGUUGGUUAUUCAGCUGGUGGGGUCAAUAUUACCAAACAAUUGGGAUCAACAAAAGUGAAAAAGAAUCCAAAGGUUAUUGGAGCAGUGACUGUUUCACAACCUUUUGAUAUGCUAGAAACUCUUUCUUCUUUGGAAACCAAUCCUGCCUAUAACAAGUUUAUGGUCACAUUUAUUAUGAAUGUUUUCAAUAACAAUCAGGAAUUGAUUAAGAGGGAAUUACCUCACUUGGACGACGAACUUAUGAAAAAGUGUAAGACUGUUAAACAUAUUGAUACCUUUCUUACUCAACCAAUGCACGAUUUGAAUGAUAUUAACAUUGAUUUUUAUAAUAAGAGAUCAACAUUUAUGAAACAUUUACAAAGAAUUUCAGGAGAAAAGACACUCACACGUGUCAAGACAACUGUGAAUCAAUUGGGAGAAGAUAUCUACUAUGAUGAAAGUAAUGAGGAAGAAUCAUCUCAUAAUAACUCAUCAAGAGAUGAAGAAUAUCAUGCUCCAGUAUUUUGCAUAUUGGCCAAAGAUGACCAAGUCAUUACAUAUGAUUCAGCCAAAAUGUCUGAAAUUGUUCAUGCCAAUGGAGCUAAGAAUUUAUAUAUUAUUGAGACACAACACGGGGGUCAUUGCUCUUUCCUUUCUCAAUAUUCUCCUUGGGCUCCUUUGGCAUUGAACUUUGAACAAGCAUUUUCAGACAAGGUCACAUCCCAAGCAUUGAGAGCGAUUGUAAAGAAAUAUAAAACUUUCCAAGCCAAGUCUGAGAAUAAAUAA